GCAGCGGACGGCGGACAACUUGUUGGUUUUGGAAAGCAUUCGGCCUUGAGCUAUGAAGAACUUCUGAAGGCUGAGCCUCAGUACUGCAGUUGGGUGAAGACGAAAUAUGCCAACCAAGUGGAGGCUGGGGAAGGGAUGACCCCACAGUUCAGAGCGCUGGGAUCUUAUCUUCAAGGCGUCCAGGUUCCGUCUGCCCCCAUGCGCAGCCCUGCCGGCAAAGCUCAGACGGGCUUCAACAAAGCUGCACAAGUACAAGCUGCAAAAGCCGCACAAGCCGCCCAGUCCCAUGGCCAAGAACCGAACACUGACUCGGCAAAUUUGCCAGCCGAGAAAGGCUGUUUUGCACCCAUCUUGAAACAUAGAGUCCUCAGAGUCCUCUAUUGAGUAGUUUGCUUUCCAGGAAGGGUUGUGCCUUCAACAGAAGCCCUUAAAUGCCAAUCAUGUCAUGUGAGCCAUGUCUUGCAGUUUUCAUGCAAUGUCUCAAGAAUCUGGAAAGCCGCCAAAGUUGGUGGCACAUGACCAAAAAUCUUUGUGAGUAGGAUACCCAGUUCCCGUUCUUGUUUCCACUUGUGAGAACAUGGAGAUCCUCAUGGAGAUCCUCAUAGAGAAUCGCUCCAAAUCCAUACAAAUCCAUCAGUCCCUGUCCCAAAUCUGCUGGGUCGCUGCAUCUUUCGGCCAAGGCUGCAUUUCCCGACUGCCCUAACCUUUCAUGAACACCGUUGACUCUUUGUCAGACUGGCGACGCAUUUGCCAGGCGUGCAUACGAAGUGCAACAUAUCACGUGUAUUUCAUAUUCCCACCACGGUUCGUCGCAUUGUCCAUGUCGGUUCGUCCACAAUCGACCAUCGCAGCUGCCAGGCACCAGGGUCUCAGUUUCGCCG